ACUGGGUCGAAGGUCAAUUUCCGGAACACGUGUGAGGUUUCUUACACGAAGGAAAUGGCGGCUCUGCUGUUGGGAAAAGACGUGCAGGGUCUUCUGUUGGGAAGCAAGGGGACAAGGAAGAAGCCGAGCGGGAGCUUCUCCGGACUGGGACUGAGUCUCCCUGUCAUAAAGGGAGUAAUGAGGAAAGGCUACAGGCUACCUACACCGAUACAGAGAAAAUGUAUGCCGUUUAUUCUGGGCGGAAAGGACGUGGUUGCCAUGGCAAGGACAGGCUCUGGGAAGACAGCUGCUUACCUUCUCCCAAUGUUUGACCGACUGAAAACCCACUCUGCCAAGAUCGGGGCUAGAGCUCUGAUCCUUUCUCCCACUCGUGAGCUGGCCACGCAGACUAUCAAAUUCACCAAGGAGCUUGGAAAAUUCACAGAUCUGCGGGCGGCUCUUGUUGUCGGUGGAGACAGUAUGGAAGAACAGUUUGCUAGCUUACACGGAAACCCUGACAUCAUUGUUGCCACGCCGGGCCGACUGCUCCACCUGCUAGUGGAGAUGGAGUUAAAGUUGGCCAGCGUCGAGUACGUUGUUUUCGACGAGGCCGACAGACUCUUCGAGAUGGGUUUCUCCGAACAACUCAGAGAGAUUCUCUUCAAGCUGCCCGAGUCAAGGCAGACAAUGUUGUUUUCGGCCACCCUGCCCAAGCAGCUGGUGGAGUUUGCCAAGGCGGGGCUACACGACCCGGUCCUGGUGAGACUGGACGUGGAGUCACAACUGAGCCAGCAGCUGAAAAUGACGUUCCUCGCCGUAAGGUCAGAGGUGAAGUCGGCCGUUCUCCUCCACCUGUUGCGGAGUGUGAUGUCGUCCAACGAGCAGACCGUUGUUUUCGCUCCCACAAAGCACCACGUGGAAUACCUCAGAGAGCUAAUAUCAUCAGCUGGUAUACCAGUAUGCUAUGUGUACAGCUCUCUAGAUCAAACAGCUCGAAAGAUCAAUAUUGCAAAGUUCCACAACAGAACAGCGAUGGUUAUGGUUGUAACUGAUGUGGCUGCUCGAGGAAUUGACAUACCCACCCUGGACAACGUCAUAAACUACAACUUCCCCGACAAGCCCAAGCUUUUUGUACACAGAGUCGGUCGUGUGGCACGAGCUGGUAGGAGUGGCUCGGCAUAUUCUCUGGUCUCUCCGGACGAGCUACCAUCUUGUCUCGAUCUUCAUCUCUUCACCAGCAAACCCCUACUCCCCGCGGAACCAGAUAUGGACAGUGAACAACUCGGAGUGUACGGCUCGGUCCCGCAGACCAUUCUGGACGAGGAGGAGGAGUUUGUUCGCCAACUUCACACGCGUAACUCUGAUCUGCCCGCACUGUUGAAAGUUGCUGACAAUGCUCAAAAACAGUACCUCCGUUCUUGCUCCCAGCCGUCCCCUGAGAGCGUGUCACGAUCAAAGAAUCUCCCGGUGUACCUAAACCCCCACCCAAUCUUCAGACGAAGCCCUCUCUGUGAGGGGGAGGGGCCUACGAGAGACGAGUUCCUGAAGCGUAUCCACGGUUACCGACCAGCUGCCACCAUUCUCGAAGUUCACUCGACGACGAAAACGACCAGCAAAACGGUCAUGGCGGGGAAAAGGAAAAUGCACGACGUUCUAGUAGCUAAAGAGAAGAGGAAAAAGAGUUUGGAAAAAGACGAUGUCAUCAAAAGAAGAGGGAUCGUCGUAGCACAUGGAGAAGUGGCAACUGAAGAUGAUCUUAAACAGUUUCGGAGGCCAGUCGCAGAUGCAGCUGGCAGCGUGGGGAAACUGAAACUGAAAUUGAGGGACGACGAGCACUACAUUCCUCACAUUCCUUCUGAUUACCACUCUGAGAAGGGGCUGAGCAUCGUGGGGGGAAGUUUCGACAAGGAAGCUGCGUCCCUCGUUCUUGACCUGGAGGGGGACGAGGGAGAGGGAGCGAAGAAGACGCAGAAAGAAAAGAUGAAGUGGGACAGAAAGAGGAAAAGAUUUGUGGGUCAGACGGGAAGUGAGGCAAAUUCUAAGAAGAUAAAAACGGAGAGUGGGAGAAAGAUUUCGUCGUCUUACAAGACCCAUUUGUACCAGCAGUGGAGGGAGAGACACAAGAUCGAUAGUUUGACGACUGGAGGAGAGGAGGGGGAGGGGUUUCAGGGAGGGAGUGAGGGUGGGAGAGGGGGGAGGAGGGGAAGGGGAAAGUGGAGAGGAGGAGGGAAAGGAGCCGGUGGUAAGGGAGCGACAGUCGGAGAUUUGAAAACGAGUGAACAAAUUCUGCGGAAGAGGAAGAAAAAAACUUUCCAGGCUUCGAGGAGGUCACAAAAACAAGGAAACACUCGCGGUAGAGGAAGGGGGCGGGGAAAACCGCGAGAUUAA